AUUUUCUUUUCCGUUUUCAUUCGUCGACAGGAAAAAAAUUGUGCGGUGCGGGUUUUUGCGUCGGCUGCUUUUUUCGUAAAAUUUCGUUUGGAAUCCGCUGCAAAAGCAAAGAUGAACAAAUAGAACGAAGUGAAUUUGUUGGUGUAGUGGCUUUGGCACAUUUUGAGCGGACGGACUAAGGUUUUAACUUCCACAUCAAACGAUUUUCCACCCUCCAUCGUAGACCCAAACAUGGACGUUCGUACGAUCGAAGAGGCCGUUCUCGCUUUCUACCGGAGCGGAACCCGCCAGCAGGAGGACACUCACCAGUGGUUGCAGCAAAUUCAGGAAAGUCCCCAGGCGUGGUCCUUCUGCUGGGAGCUCAUGCAGCUGAACAAACCGUCGGAGAUACAAUUCUUUGGGGCAAUCACACUUCACUCGAAGCUGACCAAACACUGGGCCGAAGUUCCGAAGGAGGCACACAGUGAGUUCAAACAGAAGCUACUGGAGAGUAUAGUUCUGUUCGGAAAUGGCCCAAAGAUCGUUCUCAGCCAGCUUUGCAUAUCGAUGAGCGUUUUCAUCGUGCACAUGUUGGAACAUCCAACUGUGAUUGAGGAAGUUACCGGGAUGUUCCUAAACGAGCAGCUCGGAAACUUGUCCAAGAAUACGCAGCUGGAAAUUCUUAUGUCGGUACUGGAAGGCAUCCCGGACGAAGCGGAUUCGGUGCACACGCGCAUACCCCGUUCGAUGGUGCGGGAAGAAUUGAACAAAAAGGCAGAAUUCGCUACUGGUACGGUUAUUAAUUAUCUCAGCGAGAAGUUGAGUGCUGGUCGAAUCGAUGAAAACGAAACCGGUGCGCUAAUCAAUGCCACAAAAAGCCUCGUUACGUGGCUCAAGUAUGGCAAUAUUCGCUUGGAUGGGUGCGAAACGAUGGUGCAGGUUCUGUUGAAGCUGAUCCACUACUGCUACUGGAAGGAACCCAAGGACGAUGGAUGCCUUUCACAGGAGGACAGCGAUCUUGCAGAGACAGCUGUGAAGGCACUAGUGAAAAUAAUGAGCUCUCAACAUAGCAAUGGCUAUAAGUAUUCUACGACCGUGAUUCGAUUCAUGCGCCUCUUUUUGGAUGUGCUUAGUCCGAUUCUGGAUGUGGAAUGGAAGGAAAACAACGAGAACGAGAAUCUAGCUUUUGUGAUUUAUACACUUUUUCUGUCGACACUGGAAUGUUACACAUCGGUCAUUUUUGCUGGCAUACUUUCAGACGACGAAGAACUGACGAAGGUGUACGGCAGGACGGUCGAUCUAGUUGUUAAAUGCACUGACAAACCCGGAACGUAUCCGGUUGACGAGUCGUGUAGUACGUUGGCGAUGGAAUUUUGGUACAUGUUACAAGAUGAAGUGCUAUCUAUGCCAAAUGACGAAAAGAAAGUGAAGCGAUGGGAGGCCAUCAAACCAGUGUACGUUCAUAUAGUCAAAGUUCUAAUUAAGAAAAGCCAGCUGCCAAACGACAAAGCAUUGCACAAAUGGAAUUCCGAUGAUUUGGAAACAUUCAGAUGCUAUCGACAGGACAUUGGGGACACGUUGCUCUCGUGCCACGAUGUGCUGAAUGAUCUAAUGUUAGAUGUUCUGUCCGAAGCACUGGAUGAAUCUAUCGCGUAUCUUAAUUUCGAUCCCCAAAACACCGACAACUGGCCCUUACUCGAAGCAACUAUUCAUGCAUACUGUUCAAUUGCACAAAAAAUAGAGUAUGCCGAGUACCCUCAAAUAGUAAAGUUGCUCAAAGUAUUGAAUGAAAUCCCUUAUGAGAAAUACAGCGACAAACUACUCGGAAUGGCAUUGGAAACAGCCGGAGCUUUUAGCGAUUGGAUCAGCGAUCACCCAAAAUACCUCCCGGCGGCCAUCGAGUUGCUCGUGCGAGGGCUUAGUUCGACACAAGCGUCCCAGGCUACUCUGGGUCUCAAAGAUCUCACCUCCGAGUGCCAAAAGGAAAUGGCCCCGUUUGCAUUGCCCCUGUUAGAUGCCUGCCGGGCUGCUCUACAGGGUAACCAUCUAAAAAAUUCCGAAAUGAUUCGACUUAUGUACACUGUGGGCAACAUAAUGAGCGUUAUUGCCUAUGAGCACAUUCUUCAAUACCUCGACCUAAUGGUGUCGCCCUGCUUCGAGGAGCUCCAGAUGAAUGUACAAAAUCAGGACACUAGUGACGCGGCUAGAGGUCGAAUUGUGCUCCGACUGGAGAUGAUCGCCAAACUGUUCUCUUCACUCAACACCAAGAAACCAGCCGGCCAGGAAGAAGACAUACCCAUUACCCGGCCUGUGUCGACUCAACCAUCACCGGUGCAACCGAUUCUUCUUAUUUUGGAGAAAACCAUGGGUCUGCUAAAGACGCUGUGCACCAUGUGGCUGCACGAUGAAAGCGUCGUGGAAACUUUGUGCAAAGCACUGCAGCAAGCACUUACCAAUUUGAUGGAGGACAUCAAACCAUUGCUGAACGACAUGUGCUGUCUAAUCUUACUCAUCUUUGCCAACAAAUGUGCGCCGUCGGCCGUCGAGAUGGCCGGAAAUUUUAUUUUAAUAUUCUACAAUGACCCCGAAAGUAAGGAGUGUAUGAAGCAACUGUUCAGCGCGAUCAUGGAAUACAAUUUUGGCCAAAUGAAGCAAUAUGACGAUCAGCAAAAGCUCUCUGAUGUAGCGGAUUUGAUUGAAACCUUUUUCUUGUUCAACACACGGAUCACCAAAAAAAUGUCCAAAUGCUACGGCGAAACACAGGCCGACUGCCCGCGGUUAAUAGAGUAUGCUAUGAAAAGCAUGAUGCUGCCGGAAACAGGUCCUAUCAAAAAGAGCGUUGGGUUUUUAUCGAUAUUCAUCAAAGAGUCACGUAAUUGUCCACUGAUGAUGAGCGCCGUAGUGGGUCAGGGGGAGAACCUCCUUAGCAAUACCUUUCUUUGUUUAGGUGGCUAUACCCCGCGUGCCCACGUGGACGUGUUUGCCGAUAUCUUCCUAGCUCUCAAUUACAAGUACCCAAGCGAUUUUACCAGGUGGAUCAAAAUUCUCGAAAAGCCAAACUUCCCCACUCUGUUUGUUAGUCAGGUUGACAAAGAUCUGUUUAUCAAAAAAGUACUCAAGGAAAAAGUUAAUCGAAGGCUAGUACAGGAACAUGUCCGUAAGUUUGCCGCUCUCUGCCGGAAUGCCGUCGAAUGGGAGAUAGACUUUCGGACAAGCUAAUAAGUUGAACGGUCCAAACCGUUUGGCAGCGACAAAAAAAAAGUGACGAAACCGUAAACGUGGACCGCCGCUGGGUUCUUUCGAUUGUGAUUUUAGAUUUUAGGUUUUUAGGACGUGAAGAUUGUGACGUCGAGAAACGCUAAAGCAAUGUGUAUUAUUGAGUGUGCUGACGUAGUAGUUUGUGUAGCUAUUAGCAGUUGUGCAAACGAACGAUGCUUCGUUUCGCCGAAUCCCCCAUGCUCCUUCGAGUCUCCCUCCUGAUAGAACUACAAGUGAUACGUAAUGAAAUUUCCUACUUCGAUAUGAAUGUUCUAAGCGAAUAAUGAAUGUAUUUUAUCAGUA